CAGGUGACCAAUGGUAUUUUAGUUAUCUAAUGAAUAAAACAAUUUGCUAAAUAUUAAUAUAAUUCUCCUUUCAUUAGUUAUUGUUUCCAAUAAAUCAUUGAAGAAUUAGUUACUAACAUAUAUUUGGUAUAAUUGUUAAAACUUUAUGUUACUGUCCACAUUGAAAUCAUUCAAGAAACAAAGAUCUGGUCAAGUUAAAAUAAACAUCCACAUUGAAAUCAUUCAGGAAACAGGAUCUAGUGAAGUUAAAACAAACAUCCACAUUGAAAUCAUUCAAGAAAAAUAAAGGGUCUGGUCAAGUUAAAAUAAACAUCCACAUUGAAAUCAUUCAAAAAAGGAUCUGUUUAAUAUAAAAAAACACCCGAAUUGAAAUCAUUCAAGAAAAAUAAAGGAUCUGGUCGUGUUAAAACAAACAAACACACACACACAACCUAAUCUUAUCAUCAGAAGAACUGUUAUAUUAAUAUUUAAAACAGAAUAUAAUAGAGGGAUUUUCAAUUAAAGCGGGAAUUCGAACAACAGAAUAAACAGGAAUAGUAUUUUUUUAAAAAAAUAUUCAUACAGAGUCAUUGAUAAGACAUCCGUUCAGAAGGCGGAAAUAUGUCAAGUUGGCAACGUCUUUCUGGAUAUUUAAAUUCGAAACCGACUGGACCUCCGCUUGUGAAUAAUGCAUCGGAUAUUGCAGCAUAUUUUGAAUCUGCGUUCAAAAGAUUAAAAGGGAUUCAACGUCACUGGUAUGUAUUUGAAGAGUCUACAUUGAAAUUAAUGGCUUAUCGUAAUGAAAUGGAUGCAGCUAUUCCAGAUAAAGAACCAUUGAAAAUAAUCAAUAUUCACGGAGCUGUAUUUCAUAUUGAUCCUGCUGAACAUAAUCAAUUUAGUAUUAUGUCAGAUGGAAAAGAACAUAUUCUUCAAGCAGAAACAGAAGAUGCUAUGCUGUUAUGGCUUCAUGCUCUACAGACAAGAAGAAACGAAGCUGUACAUGCAAGUGAAUCUGACAGUUCAUCUCCUAAUGAUGAUAGUUUAACAGAUUAUAAAUUAUUUCGUCAAAAUUCUUUAAUGAAAAUGCAAAUGUCAAUACCAACAAGAUUAUCACCAAUUAUAUCAUCGGAUUCAAAUGAAUCUUCAUUGAAUGGAUCUAUAAGAACACGUAAAACAAGUAUGAAAAUGAAUAAAUUAAUAAAACAAGAAUCCAUAGAUCAAAUAAAUGAUAAUCAUUCAUUAACUGAUCAAUCAACCAAUUUAUUUCAUUCAUCAUGGAUAUCUUCACUAGAUAGUACAAUGAAUAAUGAAACAACAAGACGUUUAUCUUAUAAUAGAUCAAGUUCAUAUGAUUCAGAUAUAGUUAAACAACAUGUAAAUGAUUUUAAUUUUAAUGAAAAAUAUAAUAAAACAAUAACAAGAUCAAAUAGUUCUUUACAUUAUCGUAUAGAUCAAUCACCAAAAGGGAUAUAUCAUCAUCACCAUCAUCAUCAUCAUCAUCAUCAUCAUCGUAAUUUAAUGAAUUUACCAAUAGAAGAAGAAGAAGUUGAAAAUGAUGAUUAUUCAAUGAAUGAAAAAUUAUAUUAUAAUCGUAAAUUAUCAAUGAAACUAAAUGGAGAGAAUCGUAGUCAAUUGAGGACAACAAUGAAAGUACUAGACAAUGUAUCAGAAAAUAAAUGCCAAGUAAAUAAUCAAAAAGAAGAACUGAUAUCACAAAACAGUCUGAUUGGGAGUGAUUCAAACCUAGUUGGAGAGAUCAAUGGAGAAUCUAGAAAAAUUUCGAGCGCCAAUUCCACCGCGUCUAACGAAUUUAAUCAAAUUGAAAAAGAAAAUUACAAUAUGAUACCAAGAAAUGAUAAUAAAUUUUUCGGUGAUUCAGAAAUGAUUGAAGGUCCUCAAGAAUCAUCUGAACGACAGUAUCCAGGACAACAAAUAUCAACUGGUGAAUAUUUAACAAAUCAAUUAUCAGCAAAAUAUCAAAGUUCAAUAAUACUACAAAAUCCUCGAACAUUUAGUGAUAGUGAUAUUGAUUUAGAAAAUGAGUUAUCACCAAAUGACUAUAUAAGAGAAUUAAAAGCUCAACUACAAUCAGCAUUAGAUCGUGAAGCAUCAUUACGUCAAAUGUUAUCUAGUCGUGAAGCUGGUAUGCGUGAAAUUGAUCAAAAAGUAGAAAAUAUUGAGAAUAAAGAAGUGAAAGAUAAUUCAAUAUUCAAACUACCCAAAAAUAUUUCAGCAAAUAAACUAAGAGAUAUGAUUGAAGAUUAUGAACAAAAACAAAGAAUUCUGAAUAGAAAGAAUCAAUUCUUGAUUACGGAAAUUCGCGAAUUAGCUUCCAUCAAGUAUAUGUUCACAGAUCAUUCAAAUAAAAUGUCCAAAUACAUUCAACGUUUAAACAUGGAAGGAUUUAAAUGGAGACGUGAAUAUGUUAAACUAUUACAAGCAUGUCUUGGUGCUACACAAACAGAUCCACAUCAUCGAUUAAUGUUUAGUGAUUAUGGUAAAGAUCGAUAUAAAAAUUUAGUCAGUGAACUAUUGGAUGAAGCAAGACGUAAAGAUCCAAGUUUACCAACAAUGAUUAAACCAAAAACUGCAGAUUAUCAUGUGGAUUUUUAUGGAUUCAAGCAUAGUUAUUUAAAUGAAACAAGUAUUAUUCAUUAUAGUUGUCAACAACUAUAUGACUUUUAUACACGUCAAUUAUCUGGUGGGGAUGAAAAUUUCUAUCGUUGGACUGAACUUUUAACCCAAGCAAAUAGAGAAUUGACAAGAGCUGAUUUAGAAGUUCUUUGUCGUUCUGGUAUACCUAUUCCAUAUCGUGAAGGUGUAUGGCGUAUGUUAAUUCAUGGUGAAUUACAUCAAUUAAUGCAAAUUAAGGGACCAUUGUAUUAUAAUGGACUUUUAGAAGAAUUCAGUGAAAAUACACUUGCAGCUCAACAUAGACGUCAAAUCUCACUUGAUUUAUUGAGAACUAUGCCAAAUAAUGUACAAUUUGAUAAUAUUGACGCGCCUGGGGUACAAAAACUUCAAGAAGUUUUACAAGCUUAUAGUAUACACAAUUCUAAAAUUGGUUAUUGUCAGGGUAUGAAUUUUAUAGCAGCUGUUGCAUUGUUAUUCUUAAGAAAAGAAGAUGCUUUCUGGUGUCUAAUUGCUAUAUUGGAACGAUUUUUACCGGAGAAUUACUUUAAUUCUGGUUUAAUUGAUGCACAAGUUGAUCAACUUGUAUUAAAAGAAAUAGUAAAUGAAAAACUACCACGUCUAUCAUCACAUUUAAAACGAUUAGGUAUUGAUAUAUCUGCAGUGACAUUAAAUUGGUUUUUAGCUGUAUUCUAUGAUUCUGUACCAUUUGAAACAUUGAUACGAAUUUGGGAUGUGUUUCUUCUAGAAGGUUCAGAAACAUUGUUUCGAUUUGCAGUGGCAAUUCUUAAACGUAAUCAAGAUAUGCUAUUGGAACAAAGUGAUACAAUCAGUUUUUGGAAAUGUCUUAAAGCAGCAACUCGAUUAACCAAUGAUGUUGACGGAUUAAUUAAAACAGCUUUUGAAGAACUUCGACCAUUUCCUAAACCUCAACUAAUUGCAACUCGUCGUGCUUAUCAUUAUGAAAUAUUAAGUAAAAAAAUGUCUAUAAAAAAAGGAUAUUGGCAAAAUGUUAUGAAAGAAUCACCUGAUGAAUUUAUUGAGAAUCAAAAUCACAUUCAAUACAAACGAUCUACUAAAGAAAACCAAGCUGUAAUUCAAGCAAUCACGUUUUAUGAUAAUGAACAUUUGUGGAUUUGUCAUGGUGAUAAAUCAUACAGCCAAAUUUCAGAAGUUGUUGUCACAUCAAACUGUAUGCAAAGUAUCGGUUAUGAAUUGGAAUCUCGUGUCAGUUGUAUAUGUGCAUUUAGUAAUGAAAUUAUUCUACUUGGUAUGAUGUCUAAACAAUUAUGUGCUUAUUCAGUGAUACAAAAUUCGAAAAUUUGGCAAAUUCCAAUUCAUGACAGUGUCAGUGAUUUAACUUUUGCAUACUUUUUACAUGAUCAUACUAAUAAAGUUUAUGCUGGUUUAACAAAUGGUGAAUUGGUUGUUAUUGAAAAUAUUGGCUUUGAAGAACCACGUGAUUCUAUAUAUUACAUUACUAUUAGUUUUAUUCCAAUAUCAUCUGUACUUUUGGCAAAGAAUCAAUUAUGGUGUGCAAGUGGUAGUUCUAUAUUCAUUUUUCAUGCUAAAACAAUGGAUUAUUAUAAACAAAUUAGUAUAUCUAAUAAUCCAUUAGAUGUAAUAUUAAAAAUAUGUCUUGGUGAUAAUGGUGUUUGGAUUGCAGUACGUGGUAGUUCAGUUAUUGAAUUAUGGGAUCCAGAUAGAUUGAUACGUAUACUUUUAUUCAAUAUUGUUAAUGAAACUUAUUUAAGUCGGAGGCCAGAAGAAGAGUAUACAUUUAAUCCUCAACGAGUCACUGUAAUACUUCCCUAUGAUAAUACAUUAUGGAUUGGUACAGGAAUGGGUGAAGUUUUAGUUUAUCAAAUUCAAACUUAUCAAAAAACAGAAAACAGAAAAAGUUUCGAAGGUAAUGUUCAAAUGACCAAACAUAAACGUUCAAUGUCAUUAAAAGAUGAUUUACAACUGAAUGAUAAAACAACAUUGAAAACUUUAUCGAAAUCUACACGUUAUCCUUCAAAUCCUGAUAUUAGUCAUGUACCGAACAAGGAUCCAGAACCAUUAUUUUAUCCAUUACGUCAAAAUUCAUUAAUAUUAGAAUAUGCAAUUGAUUCAAGUCAUAUAUAUGAAUUACAAAAAAUUGUACGUAGUAAAGUAGCUGAAACUCCUAUACGUUAUUUAGUUAUGAAAAAAAUUACAGAUAGCCAUGCACUGAUUAUUUCAUGUUCAACAUAUUUCAAUGAUGAUGAUGCUGUACUUAAAUGGCAACGUGAUAUUAAUAAUGGUUCAAUUUGGACAAAUGAACCAAUUUAUGUAUUUGAUCGUGAAAGUCGUUCACUUCGAUUACCAGCUUAUAUGCGUAAUAGUUUAUGCUUACAAAUGCAUAAUAAAAAAUCAAUUAUUAUGAAUUAAACUUUAUAUAAAUACAAGUACAUCUAUCAUUGACACACACACACAUACAUACAUACAUACACACGCACAUUGGAACAAGAUUUUCCUAUUUAAAUAAUAAUAAUAAAACAAACUUCCCUUGUUUUGUGUUUUUGUAUCCAGGAUAACAAUUUUGUACAUAAUAAUUAUUUUUUAUCAAAAAUCAAUUAAAAAUCAAUAAAAUACUAUAAAACACAUUUCUUUUUAAAAAAUAAUAAUAAAUAAUACACAAUAUUAAACUAUAUUUAUAUAUGAAUUCAUGAUUCAAUUCAAACUAGACCAUCAUAGGAAGCCUGGAAGUACUAGAAGACUGUUUCAUCUUAGUAUGUGAUUUCUUAGAAGUACUGAUUGUGAUGGCACAAUUUUGUGGAUUGAUUAAAGUUAGACAUUAUUACUAUUAGAUACCGGCUCAAUAGUCUAGAGAUUAAACGUUCACCAGUGUGAGAUUGAUGAGUCUUAAGCUAGAAUCUUACAGGAUGGGAUCAUGGAUACGCAUUGAUACUGAAGAAUCUUAUAUUAGAAUGAAACGGCUUUUUGAAGCUUCCAGGUUUUCUAUGGUAGUUUAGAUUGGAUUGACUCAUGAAUUUAAUUAUAAUACACACAAAAACCUCUCUUUGAAUAUUUGAAUAAAUUUAAUAAAUAAGUUUUCCCGGUUGCACAAGUUUGUUAUUUUUUAAGAAAAAAAAAGUUUUUUUUCUCUUUUCUCUUUUUAUUUCUUUUCUGUUUUUUUUAUGAAUUUUUUUAAUGGUUUAUUGGUUGUUUUCUUUUUUUUCUUUUCUUUUUGUUUACUUUUAAUUCCUCAUGUCUAUUCAUCACAAGAACUUAAUUGAUUUCUAUAUGACAAGAUUGAAAUAAUAAAAAAAGUUAUGUUAAAUUCACUUGGUAUUGUUUUCUUUUUUUUACUUUAAUCUUCUUUGUUGUUGUUUAGGAAUGUAAUUGAUCAUUAAUCUCUUGUUGGCAUAUAUAUGUACAUUCUGUGACGAUUGCCUUAUUAUUGUUUUAAUUCACAAGCAUUCUAAGUAAGGAUGGAUAGUGGUUAAAAGUGGGAUCCAGGACGAGCGCUACUUCGUUCUAUUUGGAACUCGUUAGUUGGAUGUACCUAUAUCACGGAGUUGAUGUUCAUUCCGAGAAUCGAACUCGAUGUCGUUUGCUUCAAGCGCCAUCGAGUUUUCUUUUCACUCAGCUACUGAGUCCUGAUAGUCACUUGCGUGUGUAAUGGGUUGAAGUUUAAAAUCACUUGGUGUGGUUUGUUUGUAAAAUGAAUAGAUAACUAAUCUAAAUUUCUGUGUUUUAUUUUAGUGAUUUAUAAGGAUUCACCGGUUGGAAAAAAGUAUUUUGAUUAUUGAAAUGUUGUCAGGUUUCGUAUUUGAUCUCAUGUGUAGUCUAGGUUUGAGCUGAGAGAAAUAAACGGAAAACUUGUAAUCUUCGGCAUACACAUCCACCUUAUUUUUAUAGCCAAACUUUCUACGCUGAUGCACUUUGUAUGUGUUUGUGUGCUUAUCUGUCACCCAUUAUUUUUAUCUAAUGCCUGUCUGCUUGUUAUACUACACACUGUUUAUUUUGAGCUUUAUUACUAUUUGUAGUCAGUGGUAUAGAGAAUGAGCACGUUUGCCUUCUCCUGUCUGCCUCUCAGCUCUGUUUUUCAUAUUGUCUAUCUGCGACAACAAGUGUAUGAAAUACACAUAUCCGAAACUCAUUCUGAUAUUCGACUUGUUUUAUUCCGUUAUUUUCUACCGCGAAUUAAGUCGAUAACUAUAUACGACGGUAGCCGGAAAAUAUAUAUUGUUGACAUCAGCAUAUAGUCGAAUUGAAGUCAGAUCAACAGAACUCUAUAAUAGAUACUAUUUUCAGUUGUCCAAACCUCGUCGGUCUAACUGAAGUUUGAGAACUUUCCAGAUAUCUAUGUACUAGACAUUAAUCUGUUCGCAUGUGACCAGUAAUACUAGUCCCAAGCGGUUGUAUCAGUUUUUCUUUCAAAACUAGUAGAUACUGGUGCCAAAUUUAACCAAUACAACUUCACAACACAUGCCAGCAAUGGUCCUGUCAAAUCUAUACGAAUGGUCAAAAUGAAAGAAACAAUGUUCAGAAUGCCAUAUUUAUCAACCUUGAACGCAUUAUCGCAAUAAAAUACCUAAGUUAUGCAGUCAGAACAUGAUUCCAAAGCAAGCCCUACUUAGAACAUAAAAUAGAAAUUCUCUCGACAGUAAAGCUUGUCAUAGAAGCUACCUAGAGACCAGACACACUUCAUCUGCUUUAUAAGCUAUCGUCUCUGACUGGAAAUAAACUCAGCUCCGGUUGCGAUUUUCGGCAGUUGACUUGAAGACCAAUCAGAAUGAAGCAGGAAUUAUAAUGUCCUCCAUCUGUGUAAGAAGUGGCGGUUGGAAGCCUCAUUCGGUAUGUUUUUCCGCUGGCUUUUUGGUGUCCCUAAAUAAUGUUUUUAGUUUGCUGAAAUUCCUCAAUUUGUGAAACAUUCGAAGUGUUGGCGCUAUUCUUUUAAUCACUUUUGCUUUCUCGGCUUUUUCUACUGCUACCCAGGUAUUAUGUUUCAGGUAUCGGACACUGCAUUAAGCGCUUUUUAGCUGGUUGUGAUAUGGAUCACUAACCACACGAUUCUUGGAGCAUAUUAUAUAAUUAUCGAGAAGAUUCACUAUCAAAUGAGAGUAGGUCACCAAUGGUGAACGCGCGAACAUUUGUAGUAGUACUGGUCCCAACCACACAAUCUUCAAAGCUGAAUAUGAGAUAAGUAUAAAAAUACAUUUUCAACAAUCAAGAAGAAAAUAAGGUGUGGUGUUUGAAUGGACUUGUAGUGACUCACAUUUAUCACGAGAACACGACUGGUUUAAUAAAAACAAUUAUUAUUAUAACCAACUGUACCAGUGCUUGUUUUAAUGUGCUUUUGUUUGACUGUGCUAAUGACAGCUAUAUUUUGCUUCCAUUCAUAUACUCACACUUUGAUUGUAACUUCGCGCGAAUUCUGUUACAUUCUGUAACCAAGCUUGUAUCCUGGCACGAUCUCGGUAUCUUUUCGAUGCCACGAGAUCGCCAGUGAAUAUAUCACGAUUUGGUCCAUUAACUGUCUUCUGAUAUUUGGCUUCUCGAAGAUUUUAUGGAUUUAUUUGGUUACGUCCAACCUUCGCCUUCUGAUUAACUUGGCACGUGUUUUUUGGUAGCGGUGUUCAUAGUUAACCUCGACUCGACACCACGCUACAAUUGGUGACCCAAGUUCUGGAACACGCCUCAACCUCUGGUCAAAUCUUCCAAAGAAGCCAAUUCGGUGAGUCUAUGAUUUAUCUAUCCAUGUCUGUCGUAUAUUUUCAUAUUUUUAAAUAUAUAAUAUACUCGACAUGACGGAUAACGAUAAGAGUAGUAUUAAUAUAAUACACUCCCAUGUACGUGUACCGAAUCCUUGUCACUUUUUAUUCGCGUGACGAUGAAUUCCACGCUUUAUUCGGGAAAUUUUCCCCCAUUAACUAUUCUCCUCGCUGACUCGGCUGCUUGGUACGGAAUGCAUACGCAUACGCAUUAACGUCUACCUCCCAGUAUCAAAUGGUUAAGUUGAACGGUUUCAUUGCCAACUUAAAAGUGCUCUACGAGCACACGAGAACGACGACUGGUACGAAACCUUACCGCUCGUUCUUUUAGGUAUCAGAACGAGCUUAAAGGCAGAUAUCCAAUGUUCCGCCGCUGAACUUGUAUACGGCACGACAUUGCGUCUGCCCGGGGAAUUCUUCACAGCACGGAGCAGACCUGAUUUCGGUAAAUCAGACUACGUCCAACGACUGUCUGCAUUUAUGCGAACGCUGUCUCCGGUGUCAACUCGAAUACAACAUUGACAGGUCGCUCUCGAGAGAGAGUUAUCUACCUGUUCACAUGUUUUCUUACGAGUAGAUUCGGUACGCAAACCUUUGCAACAACCUUACGAAGGCUCUUUUCACGUGAUCGCUCGUCACGAAAAGACCUUCAAGGUUGAUCGACACGGCCGCGUCGAGAUCGUCAGCAUUGAUCGUCUCAAACCAGCACACGUCGAUGACAGUGCCCUAUCUGAUAACCUGAGAUUCAAUGCUAGACCUAUCAAACCUACUAGCGGGAUCCUCAAACCAUCUUCAGGUCCCACGCUAGAUACAUCUGAGACCUCAUUCUCACGUCCCGGUCAGUAGCACGCGUCAUCUGCACCGUCUACGGACGAGACGACAGUCUCACAUCCAGGUCAGCAGAACACGCCGCCUCUGACCUCGGAUGAGAUUGCAGGCUCACGAGACUACCAUCUCACGUUCCGGUCACCGAGUACGGUUACCCGUACGCUUCCGCGACUAGUCGCGCAGUGAACAACCGAUACGGUGUAGGAUUAUUCCUAUGCUACACGCAUGCUACACUCUCCUCUUUUUUGAUUUUCUUUUUGUUUCCUGAGCCCACGCCAUCGACCAUCUCCGUUUGGUUCCGUCGACUUCAGUCAACUUUGGCGAAAGCUGGCCUGAUCACCCACGCUCUUGUCAACGUACUCAGUCGAUAUUUUGGUUUCGAAUGCUUGGCAUACGCUUGGUCUCGAACUUGGUCGUUAUGGUCGCUUCUGGUUCAUCGGCUCAACGUGGUUUCGUCCUACGUCUGCAGCGUUUCCUGGUCCGGACCCCUACGAACCACUCGUGUGGCAUGCCAACUCAAACAACAAAUACAGCACAUCGCUCCUGGUGCCGUUCUCCGAAGACGACCUUCGUCGGCAACUCGACGAUCGACGAUCGCUUUCCUGUUCGCCAAUUCUUCCGUCCUACAAUCGCUCGUCAGCCGAUCAGUCCCACGAUUUAAACCGCUAUUUAUCGAAAGUGUAAACCCUUUCUAGCGGGGGGCUCCUGUAGUGACUCACAUUUAUCACGAGAACACGACUGGUUUAAUAAAAACAAUUAUUAUUAUAACCAACUGUACCAGUGCUUGUUUUAAUGUGCUUUUGUUUGACUGUGCUAAUGACAGCUAUAUUUUGCUUCCAUUCAUAUACUCACACUUUGAUUGUAACUUCGCGCGAAUUCUGUUACAUUCUGUAACCAAGCUUGUAUCCUGGCACGAUCUCGGUAUCUUUUCGAUGCCACGAGAUCGCCAGUGAAUAUAUCACGAUUUGGUCCAUUAACUGUCUUCUGAUAUUUGGCUUCUCGAAGAUUUUAUGGAUUUAUUUGGUUACGUCCAACCUUCGCCUUCUGAUUAACUUGGCACGUGUUUUUUGGUAGCGGUGUUCAUAGUUAACCUCGACUCGACACCACGCUACAGACUAAUGAUACAUUUGUACUUGUUGAAUGCUCGAUUUCGAAUUCCAAAUACAAUACAUUCGUUUGUGCUUGUGUCUCACUUCUUAAUUCAACUGCAUUAAUUCUGGGAUUCCUAGUUCACACUACAAUUCAAAUAAUUCAAAACAUUAUAUUGGCGUCGCGAUGGAGCCUGCAAUGCAAAAGUUAGAUAUUCAUCCAACUUCUGAAGCUUUUGAGGAUUACUUUGAAAGGUUCGAAAUCUGGGUUAUGACCAAGGAAGAUGAUGAGGAUGUUAAUAUUGCGGCACAUUUCCUCACAUUCAUUGGAAAGGAGCCUACAGCUUAUUAAGAAUUCUGACUAUGCAGGAAAAGCCUAUCUCGCUUCCUUAUACAACUCUCAAGGAACUGCUGCUAGACUAUGUUAAUUGUACAAAUUUCGAAUGCGGUAAAGGAGGGAGAUGUCGUAAAAUGAUUCAUGGGGAUUUUAAAAACAUCACUACAUUACUGCAUCAUCCCAACCCAGUGUAUACUCAAGGUUAUGCAGACAAUUCAUUGAGUUAGGACGCAGUUCACGAGGAUGGGGACAAGUUUGGUCAGUGUUUGUCCUGUUGCAAGUUCCACUCUUCUAAUUCAUGUAAAUUUCGUAAUUCUAAGUGCUUCAAAUGUCGUGAUAUUGGACAAGUUCAGUCAGUUUGUAAUGCUAAUGUUCAUCUUACUGCAACUAAUAUUAAGUCUUGUAAUUCUGAUUCUACUGAGUCGAGUAUUCAUG